UCUAUUUUCGUGAUAUUUAAUUUUUUUCUUCUUUAUUUGUGCUAAAAUUAAUAACUAUAAAUGUAAAUUGCCUGCGGAUAUUAGCAAAAUGACGAGCCUAUCGUAAAACUCUUAUUUAACCAUGCACUAGCCGCACAGUAAGUCUCCACAUCGAUCAUCAAAGCAUUAGCAAGGGCUUUAGUUGGACUUGAUGGCGACGGCAACCGAGGGCAGCAAAAUGCUUGAGGCAGCAUUACAGCAAAUGGAUGGCCUCAUAUCGAGCACGGCGGCCACGGUUGGGCAGCCGGGCGGUGGGGCGGGCGCUUCGCUGACGCUAAGUGAGCGUAACUUGAUUUCAGCCACCAAUGUUUUAUCUACAGCAAAAACAUUAGCCCUGGCAUUGCAACAGGUGGGAUUAGCUGCUCCGGCUCCGGAUCCCGUGACGGCUGCCAUUAUCAGCGACUGGCUGGAGACGCACAUACCACGCCAGGACUCCGAUGAGCGAAUGCGACGCCUGCAGCGAGACAAGGAGGGUCUGGCUUUGCAGUACCAAAUGCUGGCGGAGCGGGUGUCCGAGCAGGCGGAUAAGAUAAUCGAGCUGGAAGGUCUCAUUACAGACAAGACCCAACAGCUCUGCAACAAGGAAGAGCUGCUGCAGCGUCAGAUGAUAUCCCGAUCCGCUCUCGAGACGCAGAAGCUUGAGUUGAUGAGUGCCUUAAGUGAACUGAAAUUGCAUCGUACAGCGCUGGAACAGGCCAACGAUGGAGGUGGAGCAGGAGCGGGAUCUGCAGUUAAUACUAACUUACCCUAUGGCAGUUUGAGUAGCAUAAACCAUAAAGGCUUCAUGGGCUCACCGAAGACCCCGCCUUCAGCACUGCGCCAUCAGAUACGGCCGCAGUUUCAUAGUCUGCCCAGGUCCCAUGGUAAACAAGCUAACAACAACAACAAUCGCACCCUGGAUGUGAACGCCAACAGCAGUGGCAAGCAGCGGAAUGUGGCAUUUGCAUCGAACGAACAAAUCCUCAUCGAUGAUAGUGCUCAUACGGACGAUGCCAUGACGUCCAGCUUCAUGUCUCAGUUUACUCCCUCGCCCAAGUUGCGGGAGCGUUCUGCCAGAGGCUUGCGCAACAUUCUCGGUAAGCUGCGACGCAGCAACAGCAGCAACUGUGAGCUGACCGGCUUGGAGCAGGCAGAUCCCGAGUUUCGGCGCGGCGGGUCUCGGGCCACAGCCGGUGGACGCAUCGAAUGGAGUGCUCAAACGUCUUUGUUCAGCGACAACGAAAAGCAUUGGAGCGCCUGGACACCACAGGAUGUGUGCAACUGGCUCUGUCACAUAGGACUAGCUUGCUACGAGGAUAAUUGCCGAAAAUGGCUGAAGGCCCAUCCAACGGUGUCAUUCUUCACCGCCUCACCGGUGGACAUUGAGCGGGAGCUCAACCUUAAGUUUCCGCUACACCGGAAAAAGAUCUUGCUGGCCAUUGACGACAUCACUGGCAAAGAGUAUGACGAACUCACUUUAAAGGCGGCCACCUUGGAUACGGCUUGGGUGCUGCGUUGGCUGGACGAUAUAGGUCUGCCACAAUACAAAGACUAUUUCAUGCAGGCCAAGGUCGAUGGUCGCAUGCUGCACCGUCUGACGCUCGAGGAUCUGUCGCAGCUGCAUGUCAGCUCUUGUCUGCACAUAGCCUCUCUGAGAUCUGGGAUUCUAUGCAUGCGACGCAUGUCGUGGAAUGCCGAGGGCCUAAUUCGACGCUCAACCAAGGUAGCUAAUGGUGAUGAAGUCAGCAGGAGUCCGGACAGGGAAAGCGUGGAACUGUGGACGGCGCAUCGCAUAAUGGGCUGGUUACAGACCAUCGACUUGUCGGAGUAUACGCCAAAUUUGCGAGGGGCCGGAGUCCAUGGGGCACUGAUGAUGUACGAGUCGCGAUUCAAUGCAGAUCUGCUUGCUGACCUGCUCUCGAUACCGCCGAGCAAGUCGCUGCUACGUCGUCACUUGGCCAUGCACUUCAAAGAGCUAGUUGGUCGCCCGGUCAUCCUGAGCAAGAGAGAUGCGGAGUCGGCUCCUGGGUACCAGCCGCUGAGCAUUACGGCAAAGCUAAAGCCGGUCAAGCGGACGCAGUUUUCGCUGAAGCGCCGCAAAAGCACCAAGGGACAGAGCGAUGUGGAUUGGACAGAGUACGUGUGUCCGAUGAAUGCCAGGGUGCCAGAGCCAUCGAACUCGCAAACGGUCAAGGACCCCGAGAGCUCAAUGAGCUCGAACUAAUACUGGUGCCGGAAGACGCACAAUUCAUUUACAAAUAUUGUUAAUCUAGUUAUAAGCUCAGCCCAGCCCGUUCAGAGGGUUCAGGCGAAUGUACUGCCCCCGAAAUAAGCAAGCAACCAAAUCGACCCCACACGACAAUAUUAGCAAGAAUUUACCUGGGCACGCCCAAUCUUCCAAGCACCAAUCGGAUGAGAAAUCAAAACUCUUUUUUGCGGACCUAUACAUACCAGAAACAUUUUGGAAAUUUAUACUAUACAUUUUCUGUAGCCAACAUAGGCCUAAUCUUUGAAAUUAAGCCUUAAGAUGACAACGAGAAGUAUUUGCAAUGGCAUUCAAACGAAAUUGAGCGAAAGCCAAGCUAUUUGGGCUCACCCUUUUAGACUUAUAACCCAUUUUGGAGUUUAUUUUUUGUACUAACACUUACUUACAUAUAUUACGCAUAAUUUGUACAAUCCAAAUAUACGAUGUACGAUGCCUUUUACAAGA